AUGUCGCACCGUUAUUCUAUGUUUUCGACCACCUCGGCUCCUGGCUUGCCCAAGUCAUCCUCUCAGAUCUCUACGACUACCUUACUCAAUUCGCUGCACAACAUUUAUUCGUCAGCCCAGCCAUAUCCACUCGAAGUUGGAACAAGCUUAGUAGUGAAUACAUGGCUGACUGUGGCCAAUCUGAAACCCGACGGCACACCGGGAGGAACAGUGGAUGUCGAAUUAGCUGUAAGAGCUUGGGAACAUGCGCGACGCAGAGCAGAAGAUGGUUGCAUUGUAUUAAGUGCCCUUCAUCGAUCGUGUCCUAUCAUACUCCCAUCAUUUCUUUCGGCCUUGCCCUUAUCAACUCCUGAAGUAUUAUUUACCGCUUUUGACGCAAUUCGGCCGUUUGUUUCGGCCGUCACUCCUUUCAAUCCUUCAUACUCUCUCUAUUCGUCCCUAGCAGUGUCAUACACCUUCACUCUUGGUGGCAGCAUUACCGGAGUGAAGUUAGCAUUGUCAAAAUCAGGACUCAAUCUUACCAGGGGCUUACUGGAUGUUCCUUCUGAACCCGGUUAUCGUGCUUUCGAUGUCUUCUAUUAUCUGAUCAAUGCGGCUUCUAGCCAAGCAGAACGAGAGUACCUUAGUUUGAAUGAUUGUUCAGCGUAUUCCAUUCUCAAUAAGUCUGGGACCUACGAUCCCCCUUCGUUCUUGCCAACUGCAGACGAUGCUGCCGCCGCUGAAGACUUUAGAUCUGCCCUCAAAGCCAUCGGUAUAAGAGGCUCCUCGCAAAGAGGCUUGCUAUCAGUGUUAGCUGGUCUUCUUAAGCUGGGAAAUACACUGGGUUUCCUCGUGGAUGAGGAAGACCUGGAGCAAGUUUGCGAGGAAGCGGCCGAACUUUUGGGUGUUGAUCCUGACAUCUUGCUCCGUGGUUGUUCUACCGAUGAUCGCACUAUCCUUGUCACAGGCAUCUACGAAGCCUUGGUCGACUGGGUUAUAUCCAAGGCCAACGAAGCCAUCGCCACGCAAAUCCGAGCUGACCAGGAGAAUGGAUCGAGUGAUGGCUCGGGGGCUCCCUGGCACACCGAAGAUGUUUCUGACACCGUGACUAUUACUGUCAUCGAUAUCCCAAGCCCGCCUCUGGGCAAGGCUGUUGCCCUUCAGGGUGUCUUUAACGAUAAUCAAGGUAUCAAUGCUGAAAUGAAAGAGGAUGGUGUGGAGAUUAAUAGCCCUGGUCAAUCUGUUCUAAAUGAAAUGCACAACGCUGUCAGCGAGGUUGAAGCCGAACUUGGAAUCGCCGAAAGCGUUGCAUUUCGUGAGCGCGAACAUCUCAAUGACAGACGGCAAACUGUACUGGAGAAAGUUGGGAUUGAGGUGGAAAUGGGCGGCUUUCUCCGUGAAAUCCUUUUCCCGAAUGAGAAUGAGGGUAUAAAUGUGGGAACACGCGGGCGUUUUGACCUUGCCUCAACUCUCGGUAGUAGCAGAGUAUGGUACCAUCUUUCUCUUCAUCCUACAGACGAUUAUCCUGAGACUUUGGCACAAAAUACAUCCGCAUGGUCAGCCGGUGCAGUUUCCCGUCAACUACGAGACUGGCGUUUACCUGAAUGGGCCAACAGACGCCAUAAACAACUCGAUUUCACUGCUGACUUUGAUGUGGACGAGUUUGUAACCCGAUAUUCACCUCUGGGCUGCAAGGAAGGAAAGGAUGGUGUUGAGAGCUGGAUUUUGGAAAGAGGAUGGAGUAAUGGAGAUGUAAUUGUUGGCCACGAGAGAAUUUGGAUGCGUGAAAACGCUUGGUGGGACGCUGAGUCGAUGCUCGAUCUCAAACCUCAUAGCCACUCUCCCGUGCUACCAGCAAAUCCUUUUGAAAGCGGCUACUCUGCUACACCCCCGAAUCCAAACGGCUCGGGCUUUUUCCCUCCGAUGCCCAUGGCUGAUAAUGGUAGCUUCAUAGGAAGUUCCGAACAUCUUGUCAAUAUCAAUAGGCAGGGUGCUAUGUCCCCAGGCGUUGCUCGUUCUCUCGCCCCGACUAAUACACACACUCUACAUAACAUUGGUGGUGACUACGGACUGGGCCCCAAAGGUGAUGACCACAGAGGCGACGAUGCAUACUAUGCGGCUGAGCUGAGUCGUCUUGCUGGAGAUGACCCAGAAAUCGCCCAGCGUAAGCAUAUCGAGAAGAAGAAAAUUACCCUCGGCCGACGUCUUUGGGCUGCAUUCGUCUGGGCGGCUACCUUUUGGAUUCCAUCAUUCCUCCUACGAUAUGUAGGGCGCAUGAAGCGACCUGACGUCCGCAUGGCUUGGCGAGAAAAACUCGUUCUUGUCACCCUCAUUGUCCUAUUCAAUGCCCUUAUGGUGUUUUGGAUCAUUGCAUUCGGAAACUUGCUCUGCCCCAAUAAAGACAAAGUAUACAACGAGAAACAACUCAGCGAAAACCAGGGCGACAAUGAUUUUUACGUGGGCGUCCGGGGUGUGGUCUAUGAUAUCAGUAAAUUCUGGCGCUUGCAGCACAGUGACACGAGCAUUACAACGAGUGCGUCGAACAUGCAAUGGGCUGCAGGUCAGAUUCUAGAUGCAUACUUUCCCGUUCCCUUGACUCAAGGGUGCCCGGCAUUUGUGACCUCUGACCGUAUCUAUCUUCAAAACAACAAUACCGAUGCCGUAGCUGAGUCAGAAGCUUUACACAACAGUGGUCCUUAUCUGCAAUCCGAUACUACGUCAGCAUUGUACAACAUAACUUGGUACGCUGAUACCUUUUUGCCCUUCAUCCAUCAGUACUACAAAGGGCCUCUGGUCUGGUCGAAGGAUACCAUUACUCAACAGGCCAAUGAUGACUCCAGGUAUUGGGUGAUCAUUAAUAACGGUGUUUAUGAUUUGACCAAUUACUUCUACACAGCAACCUUGUUUGACGAUAAUUCAGAUUAUGAUUUUCUGCCUAGUGCAGUAACAACUCUGGUCAAAGAUAAUAUGGGCUCAGAUAUCACCAGCAAGUGGCAGAACUCUACCUCGUUCCAAAAUGCGCUUACUUGCAUGAAGAACGUCUUUUAUGUUGGAGAAGUUGAUUUCAGAGGUUCGGCAAGGUGCACAGUCAAUAACUGGAUCUUACUAGCCUUUACAAUUCUUGUUUGCGCUGUUAUUUUGGUGAAAUUCUUGGCUGCACUGCAAUUCGGUUCUAAACCACGCCCAGUUCCUCAAGACAGGUUCGUCAUCUGUCAGGUUCCAGCGUACACAGAAGGCGAAGAUGCGCUCCGAAAGGGUUUGGAUUCACUCACGGCUCUUCAGUAUGAUAACAAAAGGAAACUUAUAUGUGUGAUAUGUGACGGAAUGAUUGUCGGUGGUGGGAAUGAUCGCCCAACUCCAAAGAUCGUACUUGACGUCCUCGGCGUAGACCCAAAAGUUGAUCCUCCGGCACUGCCUUUCAAGUCCAUCGGUGAAGGAAGUGAUCAGCUUAACUACGGAAAGGUCUAUUCCGGCCUGUAUGAAUUUGAGGGCAACGUUGUCCCAUACAUUGUCAUCGUCAAAGUCGGAAAGGAAUCGGAACAAUCGAAAUCCAAGCCAGGAAAUCGCGGAAAACGUGAUUCACAAAUCCUUUUACUUAACUUCCUUAAUCGUGUGCAUUACAGAGCGCCGAUGUCACCUUUGGAACUAGAAAUCUUUCACCAGAUUAACAAUGUCAUUGGUGUCGACCCUGAACUUUAUGAAUUUCUUCUCAUGGUCGAUGCCGAUACGAGUGUCAAAGAAGAUUCGCUUAACCGACUAGUGGCAGCCUGCGUUAAUGAUGCCCGAAUUGCUGGCAUUUGUGGCGAAACCAGUCUACAGAAUGAGGAAGGAAGCUGGUGGACCAUGAUCCAGGUUUACGAGUAUUAUAUUUCUCAUCAUUUGGCCAAGGCUUUUGAAUCCUUAUUCGGAAGCGUCACGUGUCUUCCAGGAUGUUUCUGUAUGUAUCGCCUUCGAACUGCUGACAAAGGUCGCCCCCUCAUCAUCUCGGACAACGUUAUUCAAGAAUAUUCCGAAGGCGAUCUCGACACUUUGCACAAGAAAAACCUUCUGUCUCUAGGAGAGGAUCGAUUCCUUACGACGCUCAUGUCAAAACACUUCCCAACGAUGUUUUACAAGUUCAUCCCCGACGCCUUUGCCAGUACCGCUGCUCCAGAGACAUGGAGCGUGCUCUUGUCCCAGAGACGUCGCUGGAUCAACUCUACGGUGCAUAAUUUAGUAGAAGUAGCCGCUCUCAAAGACCUUUGCGGUUUCUGCUGCUUCGGUAUGCGCUUCAUUGUCAUGAUUGAUCUGAUGGGAACACUUAUCCUUCCCGCCACCUGCGUCUAUCUGGUGUAUCUCAUUUAUCUCGUGGCCAGCCACAAAGGAACUUUCGGUGUCAUAUCCAUUGUCUUGUUGGCUGCUGUUUAUGGUCUACAGGCUGUGCUCUUCCUUCUCAAACGCCAAUGGCAACAUAUCGGUUGGAUGCUUAUAUACCUGUGUGCUUACCCAAUAUACAGUGUGAUAUUGCCGAUGUAUUCAUUUUGGAAACAGGAUGAUUUCACAUGGGGUAAUACUCGUGUCGUGAUCGGGGAGAAGGGCGACCAACGUGUUGUUGCCGUGGAGGAUGAAGUUUUUGAUCCUAGAAGCAUUCCUCUCCAGCGAUGGGACGAUUAUGCGCUCGCCAACAACCUGCCUGGCCGACGUGGAAAUUUCGACUACAGCGAGGAGAAACGAUACUUGCCCCCUUAUGCCGAUGAGACUGCAAUGGAAAUGGACGAUUUCCGUUCUACUUAUUCUUCAGUGAAGCCAGCAUCGACGGUCUUGACAGGAUUCCCUGGUGGACGGGGCCCAUACAUGCCGCCUCAGUCACCGGCGCCCUUCGCUGGCAACAACCGCAAUUCGCGUAUGUCUAGUUUCACACGAUAUACCGAUGCUCCUCAACUUGGUGGUCACGCUCAGCGUCACAUGUCAAUGGGCAACAUCAGCACCAGCUACCAAGAUAAUCCGGUGAACGCAAGCCGGCUAAGCAUGCCUAUGAUGCAGAGCUCUGAAAACCUUCUGGGUGUUCCAAAUCGACAACGGAGCCCAUUGGGCGGUGCUUAUGGACCUCGGCCUGUAAGCACCGUUAUGGAUUUCCGAAGCGGACCCGGUCACGGACCGGACGAUGCGACAAUUGUCGAUGCUAUUCGUCAGGUUCUGGCCGAGGUUGAUCUAGAUAAUGUCACAAAGAAGCAAGUGAGAGCUCUUGUUGAACAACGCCUCCAGACCGAACUGGCUGGUGAGCGGCGCACAUUUGUUGAUACCCAAAUCGAUCAAGAACUCGCCAACAUGUGA